CGCUUUGUUGACUGUGCUAGUGGUAGUGUGGGGAUAACACUGCAGCCGGCAUGCGUGCUUGCUGUGAGCACUUGGGCUCGCCGCGUACAACGGCCACGCAUGAUCAGGGAAUUCUCUCAUUCAUGGCGGUUAUCGGGCAUAAAGCGCUUGUUGAUAGCCAUGUUGUAGAUUGGCAGUCCAUGGCUACAGCAAGGAGAGAUUAGCUGUAGAGUUGGAGAUAAUUUUGGACGCGUUGCGGAGUUGAUACAAAAUGACGGGACACCUCGAACUCGACGGUUUCGAUAUUAUGAACACGAGCAAGUCUCAGCACAUGCAUGACAUACACGCCGCCGGUUACUUAGUGAAUGAUAUAUCAUGUUAUGUGUUAUGUGGGUCUAUUCAGUGAGUGGGCUGUCUCAAUAGACAUUGUGCAUAGUUGGCUGGCCAUCUAUUGACCAAGUUGGACAACACUGGGGGAACGUACCCCUGUAUUGGGGGGCUGAAUGAAGGUUGUGCAGGCACAGUUGUUGUGUUGGUGUACCUGCUGAGAUUUAUGUGUGCUUUUAGGAAAUACUGGUGUGUCGCUGGAAAGUUUAACAUUUGUUGACAACCCAUGCAGUCGACUGGCAGUAGGCCAAAACCUUCUGCGCAAUCCCUGGCGCCAUGACACUUCAAGUGCACCACUACAUGGCAGAUUGUGGUGGAAACUUUACUGAGAACCUGCCAACCAGUCAACGGCCGCCCGUGCCUGGCGAGGAAAAUGAGACGGCACCGACGUGCGCCAUCGCCAAAGAACGCUCCCCCUCAGCCACACCGCGCAGGUCCACGCUCUUGGCACACGUGAAGACCGGACUGACGGGAGACAUGGAGGAGGACGAGGCCCCGUUGGGCUUUGAACCCGAGGGGUCGGCAUCAGUCACCCCUCCCUACACGCGCUGGACGGAGAGCCUUCAUGCUUUGCUCUCCGACGAGGACGGAAUAUGCCUCUUCAAGCAGUUCCUUGUGCAGGAAAAGGCAGAGGACCCACUCCUGUUUUGGUUGGCCACCGAGGGCUUCAAGAAAAAAUCGGCCGAUGACCCCAAGCGGAACGAACUGGCCAAAGUUAUCUACAAGAAGUUUGUGAAAGCAGAUGGACAACAGGUAGUGAAGCUUUCCCCAGCGCUGAGAACUAACAUCGCGGGCAUGGUGCGGAGCUCCGUGUUUGAUGAGACCUUGUUUGAUGCAGCUCAGGCAGAGGUGGAGGAGCACAUCCGGGAGUCCACCUACCCGAUGUUCCUCAAGUCCGACUUAUACGUGCAAUACAUAAACAAUGGCGGAAUCAGCCCCAAGAGCAGCGAGUGCAGCUCCAGUGGGGGCAACUCCAGGGUUACAGGGUACCUGCCAACGUUGCCAGAGGAUGCGGAACUUACGGACAUCCCGAGCGGAGAUGCCGCAGCCAUUAGUCAGGGACAGGUACCCCUCACCAUGGAGAUGCUCAUGAAGACAUCAUUUCAUCGCCAUGCAGCUAGCAAGACGCAAGAAGGGUGCUACCUGAAAGGAAGCAGUGCGCGAGUGCUCAACCCUUACCACCCCGGCUUCACGUCUUUCGCGCCAGCUGUGUCCACCAAUGAUUCUGAGCUGCAGAGCUUGUCAAGCGACGCCAUUUCAGACGACACCUUGUCGCUGACGGACUCCAGUGUUGAUGGUGGGCCCAUGAUAGGGAGACAUCAAAAACAACAACAGCGACGGAGACAGUACAGGGCGAUGAAGACCAACGUCAGGCAGAACGGACGGGUGACGUCAUUCCCUCCCUUCCCUAUCACCCAGAGGCCACCUAAGGAGGUCCAGCCCAUGGAACCGGCUGAGUUUGCACGCAUUUUGACUGAGAAACUGGAACGGGUCUUGAGACAACAAGAGAUGGAAGAGCGGCUCUCGGCGAGGUUACGGAAAGUGGAGGAAGAGGAAUCGGACCCAGACAGGACAGCAAGUGCGGCCGACGCGCCUAGGAUAUCGGCAGCCAUGUUUGAGAAGGGAGCGCUACCCGAAGAUGACCCCAACAGCAUUCUUGAUAAUCACUUCUCCCGCGUGUUUGUGGACUCUGCCCGGCACACUCCAGGUGACUACUCACCCCGGUCCCAGUCGCCCGAGCGGGCGCACCGGGCCAAGAAUCCCAACCCAUUGGGUGGGCCGCUGGUCCCGCCAGGGAUGACCACCAAGCAGGUGAUCCCCCACCACCAGCUGCCACAGCAGUACAGCAAGCACGCCAUGCAGAGGCAGCGGACCAAGGAGGCGUACACGCCGGGCUACAACGUCGACCCGGAGAUGUCGCUGGCCGACUACAAAUACUUCAUGCAGCACAAGGCCAAGAUUGAAAUGGACGCUGUGCCGCAGAGAACAUUAGCUGUCAUGACGGGCGAACCCGGUGACUCAAUAUACCACAAACUCAGAGCUCGAGGAGACAGUUUAACCAUGGACCUUCUAACGGACACAACGAAACAUGUCAAAACGAAAAAAUCCAGCAAAAAGUCUGAUAUUUCUUCCAUCUCCAAGACAACGGACAGUGGAAUUUACGAGGGUCCUCCUUCAUUACCAUCAGACAACGAAAGGAUGCAACACAUCGAGCAGUGGAUUGAGGAGGGCGAGAGGUACAGCAAGCAGGUUGUCAGCAAGCCAUACCGUCGGACGAGCCAUCGCAUGUCCCCCGAUAUCACCCAGACAUCUUCCAUGCCACAACACAGACAAAGCAGUAUGCCAAAGAAGCCCAUCGCCUACAAUACGUCGCGGCCUACCUCGCAGGAGCGGACCUACUGCGCCACCAAACAGCUGCCCCAGCGGAGUUCCCCGCACUUGCCCACCCAGCCCAUCAUGCAGGACCCCAGCAUGCCCCUCAACAAGCCUCCCGAGCCCCUCACUGUCCUGGAGGAGGUGCGGCGCAGGAUAGACGUCUCCAGCAAGCAGCGCCAAAGGCAUUCGGAUGGGAUGCGCAAGGAGAGGAGACCCACCAGCAACAACCCGCCCACUCGUGUGACCUCGGCUCCAGCCAAAAUGGCCCCUGUGGUCUUGUCAGAUACCACGGAAGAUCAAGGCAGGAAGAGUGGAUCCAAGCAGCGAAGCGUAGCCCCGCCAGACGGUAAACAGACAACGGCGACAACAGUGGCCUACUACUUCUGCAAUGACCCCAUCCCCUACAGAACGACGCUACCCGGCGACAAGAUCACCCUGGCCCAGUUCAAGACUCUCAUUUCAAAGAAAGGAGACUACAGGUAUACGUUUAAAACACCGAGCGAUGAGUUUGACACGGGAGUCGUUCACGAGAUAAUCUCGGACGAUGCGACAGUUCUCCCCAUCUACCAGGGUAAGAUCAUCGGCAAAGUGGAGAAGAUAGACUGAGCGCCUGGCGCUUGAACCCCUUCCAGUGUACGUCCGGCAAGAUCUUCUCCAACAGUUUGAAGUUUAGCAGCUCAAGGACAUAAAAAAUCUGGCGGCAUUUUCUUUAACGCAGUUAUACCAAAUGUGAUACCAAACCUUACAGUUGUAUGCAAACCAAGAUCUUUAGAGUUAAUGCACUAACAUGCGACAGUUCCUGGUUUCUGUGUAACAGAAAUAGCUGGAAUUUGUACCUACCAAUUGCUGCAAAAUGUGAUACCUACUUGAGUUAAUUAAUUUUCAACAGUACUUAAAACCCAUCUGUCUCAUACCUUUGUCUAGAUCCUUGAAGAUGCAACUUUUUUUAACAGCAUUCAUUUUCAAACUAAGCAUUGCCAGACUACUUUUGCCUCCAUUCUGUAACCUCCCUUAGAUCUGUUUGACUUCUAUGCAAGAAAACGUUUUGAAAAUGGCUGUUUGAGGAGCAAUUCCCUUUUUUUUUAAACUACAUUCGGUAAACAUUAAUCACUUUGUCUCCACCCUUUUCGGAAAAAAAAGAAACUGAAGUCAUCGUUAAUUGAGUCGCUGUAAACUUCAGAACAGUACAGGUACUGAGAACUACUUUCAGUAAAAGAUAGUAGAACGAGAACAACAAGACUGCCCACAGCUUACCACAUCUCUGGCAUGGGGUACCGGUCCCCAUGUACAAGUUGACUGUGGUUGGGUUCCCCAGAUUGGAUUCUUAAAUUACAAACUCUCUUUAGAAAUGAAACCCCUAAAAACUGCGAAGGGGAAAGUCAAUAGAGGAAGAGAAAACCUGUCCCGAAUGCAGUCACCCUGGCUCACACUGGUCAGUAGCACCAGCUGAGAAUAGUAUCCCCUUAAUUGAAGUGACGGUAUCAUGAUUCACCAAGUCAUCUGUCAUGAUUUCAAGUUUCCAUCAAACAGCAAAUACGACAUAUGAAAUGCUGCACCGAGAGUGCUACACUCUGUCAGGAAAAAAAAAAUCUUCCAGGGUUCUUACAGUCGUAAGGGCAGUUCUGCUACUCAAAAUUUUCUGAAGUUAAAUUAUUCAAAGUCAAGGACGUUGCUUGCUUAAGCUCUUAUAAGUGUCUGCUAUCGACAUACUGUGGUUAAGAAAAAGCUUAAUAUUGAAGAACGGAAUAAUGUCUACCUCAAGUAAUUAUUUAACCAUUGGAGAGACGUCUAAAAACUUGUUAUCGUUACAGACAGCAUUUCAAAGAAUGACGAUCAUCUACUUAGUGAUUAGAAGAGAUUGUAUAGAAUUUUUAAAAUUUAUUGUGUAUUUUUAAAGUUAACCCCUGCUCCUCUCUCAAGUCUGAGUCAUGUUUGACAUACAAACACAUAAAUCACGUUUAGAUCAUUGCCUGAUUUAGCCAUCUGUUAACCAGACACCUCCCUUUGUCUAAUUUAGUUUGUGAGCUCAAAUUCUGUAAGUUACAUAUACUUAAUAAAACUAAAAAGCCUCGCAAAAUAGUAGCAGUCCACGUUGACAGUUAUGUAAAAUCAGGAGGCAUUGGGAAGCAGUGAGGACUGGUGGAAGUCUAGGCUUCCCGCUUGUAUAUUUGAUACAGAUAUACCUAUAUUCAACUGCCAACUUGUACAGAUGAUGGUCAGGCUUCCUUUUGAAAAGUCUGCCGUUUUUAUAGAUAUAAAUUUAAGAGCAAAAUGGUGUAAAGUAUUAUUAAGCGUGUUAUCGGCAUUUGUCGGAAGACACAAGUUUGUCGCCUUCUUGUUGAUCAUAUUGAGUAUCUGCGGUGAGUGGCUUUGAAGCUCUGGCCUCGUGGAACUUUCUGUUUUGACACUUCCAGUCCUGCCGUGAAAGAUCACUCCAAACUCUUUCCAACAUCGUUGGAGCCCUUUGUUUCUACACUUCGUAUUCGUCAGGAACCAACUCUAACCUCUAACCUUGUUUGUCUGGAAACUGUCGAUGUUCUCAACACUUUGUCCAAUUCCAUAUACACGUAGUACCAACUUGGCGCGGCAGUUCCACGAUGCCGCUCCCUUUGUCUUUCGCAUUCUUAGCCCCAGAGUAAUUUAUUCGAACAAGUUAGUUCUGAUGGCUCACUCGUCCAAUAACAGUUGAUGCAUCUUUCAAAAUACUCAAAUGGAGCGUCAAAGCACUUGCUUUGAUUCGGCUUUAUGUUUUUUUACAUAAAUCCCUUGGACGUCUUCUAAACCAAACACAUUGAAUUCUUGACAUCGUGGUAAAUUACAGAGACUAAUUAAUAUUUUACCAUGUUUUCGUGAUCCUGCUGACUGUGUUUCUUCUGAAAGUGACAACUGACCCAAUCUGAUUAUUUCAGUGAACGGUUUCAGAUUCAAGUCAAGAAGCAUGGUGACUAUGCAUAUGCAGGGAGGUUGGGAAUACUUUUCUGAAACCGCAGACACUUUGUUUCUGUUUUUUGUUUUUUUUAAUGGAGAAGUGGUUUUAUCAAUGCACUGUAGUGCAACGUUUGUGAACAGAAAUCAUCACGUUGAAAGCCCAGGGGAUAACUGAUGUGUUAUGGAAGGUAGAGUGGAUAGGAUACUGGUUUGGAGACCGACGUGGUGGAUUUUUGGUGUGAAUGAACUGAAGCCGCGGAAAUGUGAUCAAAGACCCAUGCCCAUUUCAAAGCUGAAACCGUGGUGUACUGUAGAUGGCAUGCACAUCCAAAUUUCGGUCCCUUUUGCGGCAGUCACGGUUGAAGCUACGUUGGAAUUGCUUGAAUUUAGUUGAGCCGGCCCUUUCGGCAAUAAUUCAUGAGAAGAGUGUCCCUGAAACCUUUUUGUUAUGUAUUUUAUUUUUUUUUUAAAUAAACAUAAAUUUAGGGAACGGUGCCGUCUUGUGUGUGCUGAUCCGUUGUUGAUAUUUCACGAACAAUACUUCCGCUGUCAACAGACGCUGUUUGUGUUUUCACUAAACGAAGCUCCAUUUUUUUAUCAGUGAUAAUAAAACCCAGCAUGGUUCACUGUUAAUUUCUGAAAGAAUGACCUCUUCUAUCGUAUGUCUUCUGUCAAGACUCGUAAUUCUGUCAGAUUAUUAAGUCUUUUCUUGUAGAUAUAUACAUAAUUUCUUUACGUUGCAUUUAUGAGCAUUUUUCCUGUGGUUUUUACUGACAUGUACUGCAUGACAUUUUGUCGUGUGACGUAAUUGUUUUGUUUUCUGCAAACCGUUGUAUACAUGAAAAAUUAAAGAAUAUUAUGUGCUAUAUUUUUAAGAAAA